AUGGCGGAUGUCAAGAAGAAAAUCAAGGCACGUCAAGGCCACCGUACAUUUGUAGAAAGCGUUAUGACAAAAUCUCGUGAGUUGAUUGCUGGUGAAAUUACAGAAGAUAUCUGUCGGAAGCUACAAGUAAAUAAACGAAUUUUAGAAGGUAAAAUUGCUCUCUUGGAAAGUAUAAAUGGUGAAAUUGUCGAUCUUUUGAACGCGAAAGAUAAUAUCGAGAAGGAAAUUAUUGAUAGCUCAGAGUUUAAUGCCACAGUCGACGAAUGCCUCGUUCAAAUUGAUAUUGUAUUGACGGAAAGUGCAAAAGUUCAAGUGAGUCCACAUCAACCAGUUCUUACACCAAGUACUGCACCUAUCAAGGCUAAAUUACCUAAGUUGUCUCUGAAUAAAUUCUCGGGUAAUCCUGUUGACUGGCAGGCAUUUUGGGAUUCGUUCGAUUCUGCAGUUGGGUCAAACUCGUCAUUAAGUGAUGUGGACAAAUUCAAUUACUUGAAAUCAUUAUUACAUGGUUCUGCAGCAGAAACAAUCAGUGGAUUUUCGCUUACAAAGGAAAAUUAUUGUGAAGCUAUCAAAUUACUAAAAGAAAGAUAUGGGAAUAAGCAAGUUGUUAUUUCAAGUCAAAUGGAUUCCUUGUUGAAAUUGCCCGAAGCUACAUCAAUGGGUGAGGUGAAGAAACUGAGAAAUAUUUAUGACAAGUUGGAAUCACAUGUUCGAAGUCUACGAAAUGUUGGUGUUUCUCCAGAUACAUAUGGUUCAUUUCUUGCUCCAGUUGUUAUGUUAAAGAUUCCAGAAGAAUUGAGGAUUAUUAUUACAAGGGAUUUGCCAUCUGGUGAGUGGAAAUUAGAACCACUUCUCAAGAUAUUUAAUACAGAAUUGCAACUGCGAGAGAAAUGUGCCCUUGUCAGUGGUACUGGUCAGCGGAAAGAACAACAUUUCAGUCAAAGAGACAAAGGGAAAUAUAUCAAUCGUUAUCAAUCAUCUACAGCUGCCUUGCUAACAGAGAACAAAAAUGUUCAAUCAAGGGAAGGGCCAUGGUGUACAUUUUGUAAUGGGAACCAUCCAUCAUCUAACUAUACGAUUGUGACCGAUAUCUCUGCUAGAAAGCAGAUUCUGCGUCGACGGGGUAAGUGCUUCAAAUGUCUUAAAACUGGCCACUUAGUUAGAGAUUGCAAAUCGGGAAAACCCUGUUAUAACUGUGGUAAUAAUCAUCAUACAUCCAUAUGUGAAACCCGUAGUAAGCCUAAGACCUACACCCCACAAUCAGUUAACCCAAAUAUACCACAACAAAGAAAUCCUCCAUUUGUACCCUUAUGUCCAUCAACAAAUAUGUUUGUACAUCAACCCCCAUACUACCCAGUUGGCCCACCUUGUCAUUCCAAUACCCCACAUGUACCAAAUGCCUCUGCAUUUCCAUUUACACCACAACAGACAAAUGUAUCAUCCAGCAACCCAUUUGUACCAACCUAUCCAGCAAAAAACAUGCAUGCACCUCAAUUUCCAUACUCCCCAAUUUGA